GACCAAAAUACAAUUCUAAAAGAUUGGGGGUUUCAAAAUUUACAAUCAGCAUUCGAAAAUAAUAAUAUUACAUAUAACAACAAUGUUUCAAUAGUCAAUGGGGAUUUCUGGUCAUUCUCCUAUGAAAACUCAGUUGGUAUUAAUAUAUCAUUUGUAGAUGAAUUACACGAAGCAUUUUUUUCAACUAGUAUACAGGGGUACAGUGCAAUUAAAAUAUCAAGUUUGCCAGGCAAACCUUUUUCAACCUUGUCGUCAUCUGUUUAUUUGAACCAAACAUUUGAAACUCAAAUCGAUAGUUAUUAUACGCUAUAUUUCGAAAUAUCAUCGACGCAAUUAAACUAUCGUUUAGAAGUUUUAUUUGAUGGUCAAAAAUAUGUAAAUAUUAAUCCAACUGGCGCAACUUUUAGCCGUGUCCCUUAUAGAUUGCCAAUAGAACCAGGACCUGGGAUUUUAGAGCUUUCAAUUAUGCUAACUUUUUUUCAUGAAGGUUUGCCAAUUCCACCAACUUAUAUAGAGAAUGUUAGAAUUAUGAAAAAUAAUCUUGUAAAUAUUAGGCAAGAUCAAGUAUUUGUUUCGAAUAGUGGAAGCGAUAUUACUGGUAAUGGAACAUCUACAAAUCCUUUUUCAUCAAUUCAACAAGCCAUCAAUUAUGUGUCAGACAACAAAUAUGCAACUAUUUUUGUAGAGCCCGGCUUCUAUUGUGGUUUGGGUAAUAGUUACUUGGACUUUUCAUUACAAAGCUAUUUGUCGAUUGCCUCUACAAGUAAUAAUAACGAUACAAUCAUCUCUGGUGAAUUUUACACCAAUAUAAUUCAAUUUUCCACAGUCACUGGUGUAGAUUUGUUCAUUUCAGGCAUCAAUUUUAUCAGAUCAAGUAUUAGACCGGGUGGCUCAGCAAUGACGAUUAAUGGAAAUUGUUCCCUUUCUUUAAUUAACUGCCAUUUCAACGAGCAUUUUGGUGAUUCGGUUUUGCUCUUAAACUAUUUAACAAAUACCAUAUUGGACAAUUGUAUCUUUUUUAAUAAUACCCAAUAUGCAAUUGAAGCUGUAGGUGUCUUUGGUCAAGAUCAAAUUUUAAUAUCUAAUUGUACUUUUUACUCAAUCAAUAGUAUGAAUUUUUUAAAUAUUCAUUACAUUUUCAUCACAGACUCAAUAUUCUUUUAUAACAAAAAUUUACCCAAUAUCGAUCAACAAUGCCCAGUUCUUCUUGAUAUGGUCGAAAAAGUAUCCCUUACAAAAUCUUGGAUUGAAACAUCACUUUGUAUUUAUCGUUCACAAUUUUAUAUUAACAGUACACUUUUUCAAGAACAACCUCCAAAUAUCUAUAUUCAAUCAGCAGUGUUAGCCCUCAAUUCAGAUUUGGUAAUGAAUAAUAUUACAUUUAGUGGUGGAAUAUCGUUUGCUUGUAUAUCUGCUUUUCAAGGAAGCGUUUAUCUUGGUGGUAGUUCUUUUUUUGCUACUAGUUCUAAAAACUCUAUUUUGGUCGAGGAUAUAAAUUUGGAGGUCGAUAAUGUUCAUUUUUAUAAUGAAAACGUAGCAUUAUUCACAACCAAUGGUGAAGCCACUAUCAAAAAUUCUUCGGUUAUCUCUUCUCAAUUUAUAAAGUCAUCAAAUUCACAAAUAUAUAUUUACAAUUCUAAUUUUACAGAUGCCACAAGCCAGGCAGCUCUAUCAACUAUCUACACUUUCAAUUGUUUAUUCAAAUCUACAAGUGAUACUAUAUUUGAUUUUUAUAAUUCUCGAUAUGGAGACGAUGGAAGUUUAAUUAUAUCAAAUUACUUUAUGUUUUUAAUAAGCAAUGGCCCAUCCUCAAUAAUUUUAAAUGGAACUAUCAUUCAAAAUAAUGUAUUUACAACAUUCAUAACCAUCAACGAUAAAGGUAUAGGGUAUCUUUACAAUGUUCAAUAUAUUGGGAACCAGGCCCAAACUUAUGCUGGUGGUGCUUUUCUUUUAUCUGAUAACGUCCAGUUAACUAUUUCUAAUAGCGUAUUUAGAGAAAAUACUUGCACAGGAUCUGGUGGAAUAGUAUAUAUGUCAACAAAUUCUUAUCUACUCAUGGAUAAUUGUACUGUUUCUCAAAAUUUAGCUGGUGAUAAUGGCGGGGUAAUUUAUAGUGGGGGCCAAAACAACAUUACCAUCAAUGGUGGAUUCUACCUUAAAAACCAAUUAAAGGAAGGCAGAUUGGGGGUCUUUAUUUUCUACUAUGGUAACGAACCAAUCAUAAGGUCAAAUGUAAUAUACACUCAUGAAGAAACUAUAGUGUUGGGUAUUAUCUCGCUUUUUAUAAAUACCAAUAUUAAUGGCCCAAUUCAAAGUGGUUCUGGUCCAUACUAUAUUAUGGUUACAUUUGUAAACUCUAAACAAAAACCAUUAUUCGGAUACCACUUUGAUAAGAACUCUCAGCUCUAUGUAUCAUUAAUUGGAGGAAGUAUUUUAAACACCCAGUUCCUUGACAAAUUACCAGCCGAUAAUGCUUCCAUUAUAAUUACUAUAGAUAAAUUAGUGGGUCAAAUAAACUCAACACAAACUAUUUUUAUAAACUCUGAUUCUUCAUCUAUUACAUCAACCAAACUAUCAUUCCAAUUUCAAAGUUGUCAAGAUGGUUAUUAUCCCAAUGAAGACUCUACAUUGUGUAUCCUUUGCCCAUUUGGUACCUAUGGUAUAAACUCUCAAUGUGAAACAUGUCCAGCCAACACAUUUUGUUAUGGUGGUUCAAGUAUUGCAGGUUUAGAUGGUUUUUGGGUAUUUACAGACGGCCCAAAUAUUAAAGUAUAUGAAUGCCCCACAGAUGUUUGUUAUAAAAAUGACGAAGCAAAAAACACCACCUGUGCCCAGUAUAGUAGCGGUAUUUUAUGUGCAGGUUGUAUCGAAGGAUAUUACAAUUGUGGUUCUGGCUGCAAAAAAGAAGACUCUAUUAACAAGUUUGUUUUGACCAUCAGAAUAUUCAUGUUUUUUAUUUUGGUAAUCACCCAACAAUGGUCUAGUGAUAACUCUGGUUUGGUUACUAUUGCCUUAUACUUUAUGCAAACUCUUGCUGUAAUUUCAUCAGGUAUUAAAUUCAGUAUUUUAACAAGUUUAAGUGGUUCAGUAUCAGCUCAUUCUGGUAGAUCCAAUAGCAUUCUCUCAGUACUUGAUGAUUGUCUUGGUCCAUUUGGUUUCUAUUGGAACCACUAUUUCAUCCUGCUACAGCCAAUAUUCCUUUUCUUGGUUUUACUAUUCAUCAUUGUUUUAGAGCUAUUCCUUAGAAAAACAGGAAUCAUCUUUAAAAUUCCAUUUAUUAAAGAUCUUGUUGAAAAGACCGAAAAAGAAUUCUUUAAUCGUCAAUUCUCUACAUUUAUCAAAGUAUGCAUGAAUUCUUAUGGCCCAUUUGCAACCGAAAUGCUUUUAAUAUUAUUCUGUGAAAGUAUUGGUCCAUAUGAACUAUUAAAUGCAAGUCCUGAAGUAAGCUGCAAGGGUAGUGCCUAUGAAACUGCCACCAAAAUCACUUAUGGCCUAAUUUCGGUAUUGGCACUUUUCCCAAUUAUUAUUUUCAUCUUGCUCUAUAGAGUCAAAGACCGUUUACACGAUAAAGAUGUCGAAAGAAGAUAUGGUGUUUUCUAUCUCAAAUAUGUACCAAAACUAUACUUUUGGGAUGUUACCCUAUUGUUGAAAAGAUUAUCAAUUGUAACAGUAUCGCUAAUCCAGUUCCAAUCAAACUAUAGAUCCGUUAUUUUAGUAAUCCUUGGUUUGGUCUAUUUAUUUGUCCACUUGAAAUUCCAACCAUUCAUUACCGAUCAAGAUAACAACUUGGAAACCGUAUCAUUAAUUUUACUAUUCAUCUCAUGUAUUUAUUUAGACAAUGGCUUGUACGAAGAUACUGAACAAUGGAUUUUAAUUAUAUGUGUUGUUUCAUUCCUAUUAGCAGCCAUUAAAUUCCAAUCAAAAUAUUUAAUGAAUGAAUUCAACAACAAAAUUUAUCCCAUCUUAAAGAAAAUCUAUGAUAAAAUUACCUCCAAAAAUUCAAAAUUAGAUAUAGAUAGUCAUCAUAAAUUAUAUUACGAUUACGAAGAAUCAGAUAACGAAGAUGAUGAAAAUGCACAUUUUGCCUAUGACUCUUCAAAAAAUAUUAUUAAAGUAGUAGAUAAAUCAAGCUAUUACAAUUUUGGUGGUUCAUCUCCAAAUGAAAAACUAUCAUCAUCAUAUACAUAUGGUGAUGAUGGUUCAGAUGAUGACGAUUAUUUAAUAACCAACCAGAUUAAAAGAAGAAUUUAA